AAUCGCGCAAAUAAGACUCGAUAAUGCGAGACAGGCAAUGAAACGCGCCGCUUUCAACACGGUGACGCGGAGGAAUGCGGAACUCUGUGCGUUUAAAAUAAAAAAGGGAACAGAGUUUUUAUAAGAUAUGACGAAUACGCAAGAAAAUGUUGAUAGAGUGAUAGGAUUCUUAUCUCGUUUUUCCUCCGAAUGUAAUGCUUUUGUUUGACCCACACUCCGGAGCAGAAGGCGGCGGUAAUGAGCCAGUAAUCAGCAUAUUCACCGCCGAAGAAGAAGAACGCAAACACACACCCACACACACACACACACACAAACAUUUAUCUUUGCGAAAGCGUAUUUGAGGCCUGAAACUGUGCUGUUUAUCUCAUGAUUCACAGAUGAACAGAAAGUUCAGAAGAGCAGCAUUUAUUUGAGAUAGCAUCAUUAUAAAUGUCUGUUCUGUCGCUUCUGAUCAGUGUAAUGCGCCGUGCUGAAUGUGUGUGAGGGCUGGAGGAUAUGAGCAGCUGUGAUGGACGCUACGGCUCCCGAGGAGGGCUCUCUGAUUGAAGGAGUGAGUGACCCUGUCCUGCUCGUGCUGGGGCUCAGCGUCAGCUUUCUGCUCGCUCUGACGACGCUGCUCUGCAGGAGUGAGCAGCAGAGGAUUCACCCGGAGAAUCAGCAAUACGACUGUGACAUAAAGCGCUGCUCCUGUGUUCCGCAGCUGUCGUCGUCAGAGCCCAGGCCUCAGUUUUACUCAGACAUGUCGUGUCCCGUGUGUCUGCAGCAGGCCGUUCUGCCCGUGGAGACCAACUGCGGUCAUCUGUUCUGCGGGCCGUGCAUCAUGGCGUACUGGCGCUACGGGACGUGGCUCGGCGCCAUCAGCUGCCCCAUCUGCAGACAAACGGUGACCCUGCUGUUCCCGCUCUUCCGUGACACGGGGCGCAGCGCUCAGACGCAGGAGGACCAGGUCGAACCCGCGCUGAUCCUCAGAGACAUCCACGACUACAACCGCCGCUUCUCCGGACAGCCGCGCUCCCUGCUGGAGCGUCUGCGGGACGUCCCGACGCUGCUGCGGCACGCCUUCAGAGAGAUGUUCUCCGUCGGAGGCCUCUUCUGGAUGUUCCGCGUCCGGAUCCUGCUGUGUGUGCUGGCCGCGCUGAUGUACCUGGCCUCGCCGCUGGACUUCAUCCCCGAGGGAGUGCUGGGGCUGCUGGGCUUCAUGGACGACUUCUUCGUCAUCCUGCUGCUCUUCAUCUACAUCUCCAUCAUGUACCGCGAGGUGGUGACGCAGCGGCUGGCCGGAUGAGCGUCUGAUCUCUGCUUUAGCCUCCGCUUCGUCCUGCUUCAUGAACUGAACAUUCAACGCAUUUGUUUCAUAAGAACACGUUUGAUUAGUCCUCAUAAAGCGCUGGUGUUCUGUGCUCAGCGCAGCGUGAAGAAGAACAAACACACAAAACAUGAGAGACUUCUCUGCACUAUUACAGACGUGUUUGAUACGACAGAGCUGAAAUCUGACGCUCGGACUCGUGCUGAUGGAUGUUUGUACGUCUCACACACACCAGUGUCUUCAGUCUGGCAUCUUCUCUUGACGAAGCUCAGAUGGUGUCAUUCAAACAGGGCUGAUAUCUGCAUUAAAGAAAGAUUCUAGAAAAUUACAAA